GCCGACACUGCCAGCCACGCCCGAUGCUGCAAGUGCAAGAAAUCAAAACAAACGUCAUCCCCAAACACCCGCGCUGAGGAUACUGGGAAGUUACAGUCCGCCCGAGAGCAGACAUUUUGGAUUUAAAGCGACAAAGAGCUUCAUGCAGUAGGUCCACUGUUGGUUGAGACAUAAACACCGCUGGCCGUUCGACAGAGUGACAGCCAACCAACUACACCUCACGCAGCUCUAUGAGAGUGAAACAUUUCGUGAGGCAAGCGCACUGUGCGUUUGCUGUAGAAUGGGGUUGUCCUGACUGAUCCGCAGAGUCUGUCGUCUUUCCCGUUUCGUCGCCUUUUUGAGCUGUGUUGUUGAAUAGCGUCGGUGGCUCCGCUGCGGAUAGCUGGUCACCGAGUCGACGUGAAGUUGCCGACCGGGGAGGAGGGAGUGACUGAAAUCGCUGGAUCUAGCCCCCGUGUGACUUUAGCAGCAGCAGCGGCGGCGGCGGCAGCAUGUCCACCAUGGUGUACCCGGUGCGUGGCGGAGGGCACGGCGAGGAGAAGCUGGAGAAGCUGACGCAGGAGGAGAUCAUGGCCAGCACGCGGCUGGUGGCACAGGGCCUGGAGGCGCUGAAGAGCGAGCACAACGCCAUCCUGCACAGCCUGCUGGAGACCAUCAAGUGCCUGAAGAAGGACGAGGAGGCCAGCCUGGUGCACGAGAAGUCCAGCCUGCUGCGCAAGUCCGUGGAGAUGAUCGAGCUGGGCCUGGGCGAGGCGCAGGUGAUGAUGGCGCUCUCCAGCCACCUGAGCGCGGUGGAGUCGGAGAAGCAGAAGCUGCGUGCGCAGGUGCGGCGCCUGUGCCAGGAGAACCAGUGGCUGCGGGACGAGCUGGCCAACACGCAGCAGAAGCUGCAGAAGAGCGAGCAGAGCGUGGCCCAGCUGGAGGAGGAGAAGAAGCACCUGGAGUUCAUGAACCAGCUCAAGAAGUACGACCAGGACGUCUCGCCCACGGAGGAGAAGGAAGGGGAGGUGCCCAAGGACUCUCUGGAUGACCUGUUCCCCAACGACGACGAUGACCACGGACCAGGAAUGCCCCAGCAGCACAAUAGUGCGGCGGUGGCAGCAGCCCAGCAGGGCGGCUAUGAGAUCCCGGCGCGCCUGCGGACCCUCCACAACCUGGUGAUCCAGUACGCCUCUCAGGGCCGCUACGAGGUGGCCGUGCCCCUGUGCAAGCAGGCCCUGGAGGACCUGGAGAAGACCUCCGGACACGACCACCCCGACGUGGCCACCAUGCUCAACAUCCUGGCCCUGGUCUACAGGGACCAGAACAAAUACAAAGAGGCGGCCCACCUGCUCAACGACGCCCUGUCAAUCAGAGAGAAGACACUCGGCAAAGACCACCCAGCGGUGGCCGCCACCCUGAACAACCUGGCGGUGCUGUACGGGAAGAGGGGCAAGUACAAGGAGGCCGAGCCACUCUGCAAGAGAGCGCUGGAGAUCCGGGAGAAGGUGCUGGGGAAGGACCACCCGGACGUGGCCAAGCAGCUGAACAACCUGGCGCUGCUGUGCCAGAACCAGGGCAAGUAUGAGGAGGUGGAGUACUACUACUGCCGCGCCCUGGAGAUCUACGAGACCCGCCUGGGCCCCGACGACCCCAACGUGGCCAAGACCAAGAACAACCUGGCCUCUUGCUACCUGAAGCAGGGCAAGUACAAGGAAGCAGAGAUCCUCUACAAAGAGAUCCUCACUCGGGCCCAUGAGAAGGAUUUUGGAUCCGUGGAUGCUGAAAAUAAGCCAAUCUGGAUGCAUGCAGAGGAGCGGGAGGAGGGCAAAGGCAGGCUGGGUGAAGGCACUCAUUACGGAGAGUAUGGGGGCUGGUACAAGGCCUGCAAGGUUAGCAGCCCCACGGUUAACACCACGCUGCGGAACCUGAGUGCUCUGUACCGCCGGCAAGGCAAGCUGGAGGCCGCCGAGACCCUGGACGAGUGUGCAGUGAGAUCCCGUAAACAGGUCCUGAGGGAUGGAGAGGGAGAUCGUGAGCGCAGGCGGAGCAGAGACAGUCUCUCCAGCAUCAAAUAUGAGAGCAGCUCAGAGGCUGGAGACGAGGGCAGCGUGGAGUGGAACGGGGAUGGCAGUGGUGCCAUGGUGAGGAGUGGUUCUCUGGGUAAGUUGAGGGACGUGCUGCGCAGGAGCAGUGAGAUGCUGGUGAAGAAACUGCAGGGCAACAUCCCUCCUGAGCCCCGUAACCCACAAAUGAAGAGAGCCGCUUCGUUGAGCUACCUGAACCGCUCAGACGAUUCAGAACCGUUUCAGUCCCCCUCUCAGGGUCCAGGAACUGGCAGGAGGCUGAGGGACAGUAGAGGCCGCAGUUCCAGCACUGUGGAUUUGUCCAGUGGAAAAUGAUCAUAACUCACAAACACACACACACACUAUGGCAUACAGUGUAUGCCACAUACACACACACACACACACACACACACACACAUUAUGG